GAACCACAAAAGCCGUUUUAUCGUCCAGAUUCAGCUUAGCUUCGACUCCGAGUUUUUGCACAAAAUCCCCCCUCUCCCCCAGUAAUAACACCCUAACCCAACCUGUCCAAAUCUGCUCCAUUUUACCAAUCUCACCCCUUACAAUAACUAGCCUAAACUUACAUUCACCAAGGAUAUUUGAGUAAAUUCACUAGUCCAAUCGGGUUAAUAUAUCCGACGACUAUGGAAUUAAUUACGCACAACGAAGGACAAGUGUUCCGACGCCGUCUUCUGACCCAACCAAACCAACCAAAAUAGCUCGUUGCCGCCGGGAUUAUGUCGCCGGCGAGUAACGUACACGCGCCACUGCUCUCCGCGCAUGGGCAUCCGGGGGUGAAUCCUGCGUCCGUAUCUGGGGCCGUGUUCAACAUCGCCACUAGUAUAAUCGGCGCCGGAAUAAUGUCUAUUCCGGCGACCCUUAAAGUACUGGGAAUAAUACCUGCUUUUGCGCUUAUUGUGAUUGUUGGUGUUUUAGUUGAAAUAUCGGUAGAGUUCUUGAUGAGGUUUACACAUUCCGGUGCGUCCACCACCUAUGCCGGAGUUAUGAAAGAGUCAUUUGGUCGGUUCGGGUCAGUGGCAACCCAAAUUUGUGUUAUGAUUACUAAUCUCGGGUGUUUGAUCAUGUACCUCAUUAUAAUAGCGGACGUUCUUUCCGGAAGUCAACAUGGGGAAACUAUACACUUUGGUAUUUUGCAAGAAUGGUUCGGAAGCCAUUGGUGGAACUCGCGCGAAUUUGCUCUCUUAAUCACCGUCGUCGUUGUUCUGUUUCCUUUGGUUUUACUUAAGCGUGUUGAAUCAUUGAAGUUCAGCUCAUUCAUAUCGGUUCUCCUAGCUGUGAUUUUUGUUGGCAUAUGUUCUGUGAUGGCAAUAAUUGCAAUCGUCCAAGGCAAAACCGAGAAUCCAAGACUAGUACCUCAAUUGGACGAACAAACAUCCUUCUUUGACCUUUUCACUGCUGUCCCCGUCAUUGUAACAGCAUUCACUUUUCAUUUCAACGUUCAUCCAAUUGGUUUCGAGCUUGGUAAGCCAUCCGACAUGAUCUCAGCUGUUCGAGUCUCAUUAGUUCUUUGCGCCGUGGUCUAUUUCGCCAUUGGCCUAUUUGGGUACCUUCUGUUUGGAGAUUCGAUCAUGUCAGACAUACUUGUGAAUUUUGACAAGAGCUCUGAUACGGCAACCGGUGCAUUGCUAAAUGAUGUAGUUCGGUUAAGCUAUGCACUUCAUUUAAUGCUGGUUUUCCCUCUUUUGAACUUCUCAUUAAGAUCAAACAUUGAUGAAUUCCUCUUCCCAAAGAAGCCCCUUUUGGCCUCGGACACCAAAAGAUUUGUGGCUCUCACAAUUCUACUCUUGAUCUUCUCGUACUUAGCAGCCAUAGCCUUCCCAAACAUUUGGUACCUCUUUCAGUUUGUGGGGUCAACCUCUGCAGUUUGCCUUGCCUUCAUUUUUCCUGGUGCUAUUGCUUUGAGGGAUGUUAAUGGUAUAUCUACUAAGAAGGACAGGCUCUUGGCAACAAUCAUGAUAAUCUUGGCUGUAGUUACGAGCAUUAUUGCUAUCUCUACGAAUUUAUAUAAUCUGCUUGGAAACAAGCAAUAGAGAUUCGUUUCCCAUUUUUUGGUUGUGAGUUGAGGAGGUUCUUUCUACUUUUUGUCUUUUCUUCUUAAUUUUGAUAUGGAGUGAUUAUAAUCCAUGGCUUAAUUUCUAUUCAUUUUUAUCAUUAUAUAGAUAAUUAAGUAACAUAUACACAUUAAAGUAAAUCAUGUACUUGUGUGAUCACUAGAAAAGAGUUUAUUUCAUUUUACUUUGAUUGUUAAGACUCCAAACCGCAACAUCAUUAAGAUGCAAAGCAAGUUAGUUCAGACCGAGGACACAGCCGUGGCUGAAGCUCUUGCUCUAGGAAUGGCUGCCGAGGAGGCUCUCAAAGCCACGUGGGAGAAUAUAAUACUCUAUAGUGACUCCCUUCAAGCUAUUCAAGCCAUCACAGAUACUUUCACCCCUGCUGACCCAUUAUUGCAAAACAUUCGAGUUAAACAUAGAGAGUGCACUGAUCAGCUCACGCUGUGGGAAGUCAGACACUUGAGCAGGUCCUGCAACUACAUGGCACUCAAUUUGGCUACAUGGUCAGCUAUUCAUCACCAGCAAGGCGACUCUACCACCUACGAGGUCCCCAGUCAAGUGGUUCAUUAUAGGGAAUAUUGGCCACCAUGAGAUUGUGUUGACCCUCCUCAGUUUCAGGCUGCCCCCUGUUCUGUUGUAUUUUGUUUUAAGUCCCUGCUGUUAUUUUCUUCUUACUUGUUUGUGGUUGUUUACCUUGUUUCUGGUGUCUUCUUAUAGUUUCGUUCCAGCUUAGUUUUUAAUUUGGUUUGUUGUGCUAUUUUUGUUUGGGACUAGUAUGGACCAUUGGCUAGCCUUUCUCCC